ACAGCCAACAAACGUUAUUCUUACAAACUGUUGGGGGUUUUUCCAUACCACACUGAGUCUUAACCGUUUGAACCACCCUAGCUGAACUAAGAUGGAGGGAGACAGAAUCAGGUGCUUGAACAAACUCCUUCGUGCUUUAAUUCUGGGGCUAACUUUACUACAAUGUGUCAACCCUUCGCUUUCCCUUGGAUUCAAAAAUAUUUCUUCAGGAGGAGUGAUGAGGUGCAUUGAGAGGGAAAGAGAAGCACUCCUUGCCUUCAAACAGGACCUCGUGGAUCACUACAAUCUCCUCUCUUCAUGGGGAAGAGAAGUCCACAAGCAAGAUUGUUGCACAUGGGCAGGCGUCCACUGCAGCAACCGCACCAACCAUGUUACUCAACUUAAUCUUGGAUGGUCUUCUUCGCCUGAAGCUUACUCACAGUCACUUCAACAGAAAAGACACCCGCAGUAUAUCACUUAUGCUUUUCAAGGUAAGAUGAUGAGUCCUAAACUGAUUGAGUUGCAUCAUUUGAAAUAUUUGGACCUUUCGUGGAUUAACUUCAAUGGGACCCGACUUCCAGAUUUCAUUGGUUCGCUUUCCAAUUUAAGACACCUCGAUCUCUCUUUUGCCUCUUUUGAUGGUCGAUUUCCAAGUCAAGUUGGAAACCUUACCCACUUGCAAUAUCUUGAUCUCAGCUUCAACUACUUUGCUAACGCAGAAAAUCUCAAUUCAGUGGCUACCUCAUCUUUCUUCUUUAACAUAUCUGGACCUAAGUUGGAACAAUCUCAGUAAUGUUCCUGACUGGCUGGAAAUAGUUAGCAAGCUCCCAAAACUUACAAACUUAACAUUAUAUCAAUGUGGUCUUCCUUCUCCUGCAAUUCAUUCCACUACUCUUUUUAACAUGAAUUCUUCAAAAUAUCUUACUCAUGUUGAUCUCCGUUUCAACCGACUCACAUCUUCCAUAUUUGCAUGGUUAUCCAAAACCAAUGCCAGCCUUGUUUAUCUUGAUCUCUCUUCUAACCAAAUUGAAGGAGGGAUUCCACAAUCUUUUUCCAAGUUAUGUAAUCUGCAAAUAUUGGACCUCUCUGGCAAUAAUCUGAGUGGACAGCUUUCCUGGUUGGUUCAAAUAUUAAUGUCUACAUGUCCUGAUCAAAACUCAUUGGAGAUUCUGAGCCUUUCAAGCAAUCAUCUUUCUGGAUCAAUUCCUAAUCUCACAAAAUAUUCAUCAUUGAAAGAAUUACUUCUCUAUUACAAUCAAUUAAGUGGAACAAUACCUGAAAGCAUUGGGCAAAUGCCUAAUCUGGAGUGUAUAGACCUGAGUAUGAAUGCUCUGGAAGGUGUGGUUUCGAAAUUCAUUUCUCUAAACUCUCCAGAUUAAGGUAUUUGGCUUUGUCCUCUAACUUGCUAGCUUUAAACUUCCAUUCCGAUUGGAUUCCUCCUUUUCAGUUGGUCCAUAUAUGUUUGAGGUCUUGCAAAAUGGGUCCAUAUUUUCCAAAAUGGCUUCGAACUCAGAACGAGUAUGCAUACCUCGAUAUUUCUAACGCUGAAAUUGUGGAUAUCCUUCCAAGCUGGUUUUGGGGUAUGACUCGUAACGUGACAUAUAUCAAUCUUUCCAAUAACCAGAUUGGAGAAAUGUUUGCAAAUUUGACAGUGGAUUUCGUAUAUCACCCCAAAGUACAGCUGAGUUCGAACCAAAUUGAAGGUCCAAUUCCCCCAACUCUAGCACGUGCGUCAUGUUUGGAUCUCUCUAAUAAUAAAAUUUCAGGGUCGAUUUCUAUCUUGUGUGAAGCAUACAAUGGAUUAUUGUUUCUUAAUCUCUCAAGCAACAAUCUCUCUGGAGAACUUCCAGAAUGCUUGACACAUUUGGACAAUCUAGUCAUGCUUGAUUUGAGUUACAAUGCUUUUUCCGGGAAAAUUCCAUCCACAGUAGGCUCACUAUAUCAAAUGAAAACGUUGAAAUUAAGAAGCAACAGAUUUGUUGGAGAGUUUCCUUCAUCCUUCAAGAACUGCACCAGUUUACAGGUUAUUGAUGUUGGAUACAAUAAAUUAUCAGGACGCAUACCAAAAUGGUUAGGGGUUAGCCUUCAGAACUUGGUUAUCCUGAUGCUCUCCUCUAAUAACUUCAACGGAAGCAUGCCGUCUGAACUAUGCCGUCUAACAAACAUUCAAAACUUGGAUGUGUCUAGCAACAACAUCUCUGGAACGAUACCAAAAUGCCUCAACGAUUUGACUGUUCUGGCACAAAAAGGAAAUUCAUCUCCGAUCCUUCAACAUUUGUACCAAAGAGAUGAUUUUUUUGAUGGCGUUGGUUAUAUGGAUGAUGCAACAUUCGUAUGGAAGGGAAGAAUGCACUCGUAUAGAAACACUUUGGGACUUGUGAAGAGAAUUGAUUUCUCGAGCAAUAGAUUAACGGGGGAGAUUCCAAGUGAAAUCACGGAUCUUGUUGGGUUAGUUUCCUUAAACCUAUCGAGAAACGGAUUGAUAGGUGAGUUACCCUGCAAAGAUUGGAAAGUUGCAAUCAUUGGAUGCACUUGAUUUGUCAAGAAACCAGAUACAUGGUAGAAUUCCAACAAGCCUUGCUCAGAUAUAUGGUCUUAGUGUCUUGGACUUGUCAUACAACAACUUUAUUGGCAAAAUUCCAACAGGCACUCAGCUCCAAAGUUUUGAUCCCUCUGAUUAUGCUGGAAAUCCUCAGCUGUGCGGACCUCCACUUCCAAAGAUGUGUGGUGAUCAACAGGAAACUCCAAUCUCAAGCAACGAAGAAGAAAAGGAUGAGCUUAUAACAUGGGGAUUUUACGUCAGCAUGGCGCUUGGCUUUAUUGUUGGAUUUUGGGGAGUUUGUAGCAGUCUGAUUUUUAUCAGGCCAUGGAGAUACUCAUACUUCAGGUUCUUGAAUACCUUGAAUGAUUGGUUUUAUGUGAGGGUGAUAUUGAUCAAGCGGCACUUCAAUUAAGCAAUGCGCUUCUGAGACAACACAAAAGGAUUCACUUCACUGGAAGAGCUUCACGGGCCUUAUCUGUUUUAAGUUUUCAAGUAUUGAAUUGUCAUAAUAAAGAACUUUACUUCUAAAUGUCCUUGGCAGAUGAUUUGUUAGUGUAAAUUGUUUGUACGAAGUUUAUGUUUAUGUUUACUUUAUCAAGACCUUUCUGCAGUAUAUGUUUUGAAUCACGAUAUUUACUAAAGAAAUUCAGUUAAUUCUGGAUUGCAUAUGA